CAAGGCAGAUCCCAAGCCACUCUUUGACAAGUUCCAGUCCACCAAAAUUCUUUCCCCCAUGUCCGCCCUAGUCAGCCGCAGUGGAGACCCUUCAGCCUCACCCGGCACUCCAUAGGCUGUCUAAAUGGUACGCCACUCCGUUUUAUCCAUUAAUAAAUCGGCCUACUGGUGCAUGGAGAGCAACGGGAAUCCUAGUCCAAUCCAUCGGCAGCUUUGUCUAGAGGGGGAGGGGCUUGGCAACUUGGCCAGCUCCUUUUGUUCGUUGGGUUACAGCACACGUCGGCUGUUGCUUUGGCCCGUGUCUUUCGUUGCAUUCAUUGCCUUUGAGCUUCUCGAGUUUGAGUAAGUAUGAGCAAAUGGGGCUCGCUCGACCCCUGCCAUUUACCUGUCAGCAUCGUGCCCGUCGUAAGCGACCGAACCCGAUUUC